AUGUCCAUCACAAAGGUAGCCUGCUUUGCCCACACGCUCAACAUAGCAGCCCAAAAACUGUAUGGUGUACCUGCUAUUGCAAGGUGGGCAGGAAGAAUCCGGGCCAUGGUGCUGUGGCUGAAGAGAAGCGGCUUAGCUAAGCCUGUUCUCAAAGAGAAACAGCGUCUUCUUGGUCUUCCAGAGCAUGGUGUGAUACUGGAUGUAAAGAACCGAUGGAACAGCCUCUUCCUCAUGGUGGAGAGAUUCGUGGAGCAGUUUCCUGCGCUCCAAGCAGCCUCCGUGGAUCCUCGCUUGAAAAGAUCAAUGGAGAGGGACAGGCUGGAGAGGCUGAGUGCUGAUGACUUGGCUAAGGCAGAACAGUUUGUCAGAGUUAUGAGGGUCCUUUAUACCUCCACCAUUUGCAUCUCUGCUGAAAAGAGCCCAACUCUUGGUCAGAUUCUUCCCAUCCUUGGUAAACUACAGCACCACUUCAGAGUCACAGCUCAAGACUCUGCAUUUACACAGGCCAUCAAGGAGAAGAUCUGGGGUGACCUUUCUCAGCGAUACCAGGAUGAGCGUACCAGGCAGUUCUUGGAGGAGGGCACGGCCUUGGACCCAAGAUUUAAGAAUAAGGUGGCAGGUCACGAUGUGUGGGCCAGACUGGUGAAUGAGUUGCUGACACGACAGAAUGAAGGUGUAGCAGCCCAGCAGAUGGAGCUGACGGCUGAUGAUGACCGUGGUGAAGACUCAUCCUCUGAUGACGACACUAUGGUGGUCAGGGUUCCAAAAAAGCGCACCAGAACGUGA